GUGGAGGUCCUCAAAAAGUCUUGUAAGACUUCAAGCUCAAAUGUUAAGAACUCCUGGUCUACAGCGUUGUUCUGUUUUUGCUCAUAUUAGUUUGACUAAAGCGAAACGAUGUCCUCAUCCUGCAGUACCUCUAUAUUCCAAGGUUUCCUUAUCUCAGGAAGACAGGAUUCCUGGAUCUUUUGCCACUUACAGCUGUGACGACGGCUAUGAGUUAUUUGGUGAAUCUACUCGUGUAUGUUUGCCAGAUGGAACAUGGCAAGGAGAUCUAUCAUACUGUGCUGUAAAUGUUGCCUAUGGAAAACCUGCUAACCAAUCUAGCUCCACCAGAGGUGGAAGUCCACAAAAUGCUAAUGAUGGAGACACGACAACCCUUCACGAGAACAAAUUCUGUACAGAAACAAAGAAAGAAAACUCACCCUGGUGGCAAGUGGACUUGUUACAAACAUAUGAAGUGAAAGUUGUGAGGAUCAUUACCAGAGGAUGUUGUGGUCACAAGCCCUUACAUGAUCUAGAAAUUAGAGUUGGAAACAGCUCCACAGUUCAGCUUAAUCGUUUAUGUGCCUGGUAUCCAGGAACAAUAGAGGAUGGCACCACCAAAGAUUUUGAAUGUGCUUAUCCCAUUAUUGGUCGAUAUGCUUUUGUUCAGAUGGUGGGCAUCGAAGGGUCACUAUCACUUUGUGAGGUUAUGGUGUUCACGGUACAAGAAAUUUCUGUCGAUCGGUGUGCCAAUCAACUAGAACCCUUGAAGCUGACUAUAUUUAACCAGACAUGUUACGAGUUUCAAGGUGACAAAGGAGGGACAUUCACGAAUGCAGAUCAGUACUGCCGAGCACGCGGAGGUUUUAUUGCACACUCCAUGAGCAACAUAAUCCAUAACUUUUUGUCAUCUGAAUUGGAGAGAAAAAAGGAUAAUUUAAAAUCUAACUUAGUAUGGCUUGGAGCUCAGCGAGAGCGUGGUAUAGUGUCUCAGAAAUGGCAUUGGGUCAACAAUCAGACAAUAGUGAAUUUUCUGUGGGCUCCUGACCAGCCCAACAACUACAAUGGGCAACAGAAUUGUGUGGUUUUGGAUGGUGGGAGGAAGUGGCUGUGGAAUGAUGUAACAUGUGAUCUAGAUUAUUUACCAUGGAUUUGUCAGUAUAGUCCAUCAAACUGUGGCAGCCCUGACAGGAAAGAGAACUCCACUAUUUUAGAGAAGACUUUUAACUUGGGGCAGAAAGUUACUUAUGUAUGUCCUAUUGGAAACAUGCUUAUUGGUGACAGGAUGCGGACAUGUGCUCCUGAUGGUUUCUGGACAGGUUCAGCACCUUCAUGUAAAUAUGUUGACUGUGGGCCUUUGUCAAACAUUACAAAUGGAUACAUUCUGUAUCUGGAUGCUCGCACUACCUUCAAUGCCACUGCACAGUACGCUUGUGAUCAGAACUACACACUGAAUGGCACUGACACACGAAGAUGUUUAGGAAACAGCGAGUGGGAAGGAGAAGAAGCUCAGUGUCUGUUUAACCAUUGUCCGAAGCUCGAGACACCACCAAAUAGUUUCUUGGAGGUUACAGGGCAGACAGCUGGUAGUCAGGCAAAAUAUAGCUGUGAAAAAGGUUAUAAACUUGUUGGGACCAAGGUUAGGAAGUGUGAACUUGGUGGCAUAUGGACAGGCAGAGACCCUCAGUGUAAAUUUAUUGACUGUGGUAGACCAAGUCCUUUAAGCAAUGGGGACCUUGUGUUCCUUAACCAGACCACAACGUAUUUAAGUAAAGUUCAGUACACAUGUCACCAGAACUUCAGUCUCGUUGGGGACAAGGAGCGAACUUGUCUUGACACAAGGUUAUGGAGUGGACAGGAUCCAGUCUGUAAAUUAAUUGACUGUGGAGAGCCAAAUAUAUAUCCUGGAUCGUAUGUAGAAGGAGAUGAAUUUACUGUCCAUUCUGUCAUUGACUAUUUUUGUGAAACUGGUCAUGUGAUGAUAAGUGCAUCUUCUCGUAGAGUCUGUGGACUGGACGGAAAGUGGACAGGUGAAGCUGCUGUGUGUCAUUUUGUUGACUGUGGCCGUGUCCCACCCAUACCCCGAGGGUCAGUCCAUUAUGCCAAUGAAACUACUUUUCUUUACAGUCUUAUAUCCUAUAAGUGUAAUUUUGGAUAUCGUCUGGUUGGCGACAGUGUGCGAAGGUGUCUGGAAGAUGGUCACUGGGGUGGAAACACCCCUUUGUGUGAAGAAAUUCGUUGUCCUGUUCCACAAGUGCCACGUAAUGCUACAGUUGUUUACAGUGGCAAUGACCGGUCUUCAGCCGCUUCCUUUAAGAUAGGAGCUAACGCUCAGUAUCGAUGUGUGGAAGGCCAUGUUCUAAGGGGAGUAUCAUUACGAAGAUGUCUGCAGACGGGAGAAUGGAGUGGUGAAGUACCUUCAUGUCAAUAUGUGGAUUGUAGAUUUCCCUUUCCAGUGGCUCAUGGACACUGGUUACUCCCCAAUAAUUCAACAUUCUAUGGCAUGUCAGUGGAGUAUGAGUGUGAUGAAAACUAUAAAGUUGUUGGACCAAGCCGUAGGCUUUGUUUAGACAAUGGAACGUGGAGUGGUCAAGAUCCUCGAUGUAUAGAGAUCUCUUGUGGAGUUCCUGAUACGCUCGACACAAUGACCUUUGUAGAUGGCAGUGUUUUUACUAUUGGACGAAUGGUUGUGUAUUCAUGUAUUAAAGGUUAUGAGGUGAUAGGUGAAAGUAUACGUUCUUGUCUGAAGAGUGGCCAGUGGUCGGGACAGACACCAUUUUGUCAAUUGAUUGACUGUGGCCAGCCCACAGUGGUGACCAAUGGAAGGGGUUUUCUGAUGAAUGGGACGACAACGUAUAAAGCAACUGUUGAGUACCAGUGUCUGCCAGAUUUCAGAAUGGUUGGAGAUCCUGUGAGACAGUGUUUGUUUUCUGGUAACUGGAGUGGCCAAGAGCCUAGAUGCAUUGAUAUUCCCCCAAGUCCAGACCCAAAUGAAAAUCUUGUAAAUGGAGAACUUUCAGAUAGCCAGGCUGAUGCUGACCGAUCCAAAACUAUAGGGAUUGCUGUGGCUGUUGGCAUUGGUGCUGUCUUAGUUCUGGUUAUAAUUAUUGUUGUUGUUUGUAUCAAAACAAAAAAGGCCAGACCAAUUAAGAAUACAGAAAAUGUUCCUGUCCACAGACCAUCAGGAAAAGAAGCAUCUGUCUUAUCUUAUUCAAACUUCGGUGUGGAAAUAGAUGGUGGAGGAGACCCAAAUAGUGGAGCUAUAAGGCAUAAUCCAAACGGUCUAGUUACUUUUAAUUCAAACCAUCAACCACCUAUAUAUGCUAAUGUUACAGUGAACGGACAGAAUUUCAACUCAUCUAAUACCAAUGACAAAACAGCAGCUGUGGCUAGUACAAACAAUAUCUAAAAUAACUGAGAAACCCUUCUUAUAACUGACCAUGUACAAAUGGUAACCAUGACUGGACCAUACCUUUGCGAAAGACUUGCAGUGGAAAGUAAAAGUUGGAAAUUCCUGGCUUCACAGCUGUAUCAGGUUACACACAUUACUGGAGUCUAACAUUUAUUGAUAAAAUGGAAGUCUAUUUGAACUGUUCAGAAUUUUCAUGUUUGCUUGUAACAAGCCACUAAUUUGAGAAGUGUUGAACACAUAUAAAUUAAUGAUCACAAAAAAUUAUUAUUAAGGUUUAUUUAAGACUGUAAACACCAGUUCUUACAAAAAUAUAAGAAACACCUACAGGGAUCAACUUAUAAAGAUAAGAUGGAGCCUCUGGCAUCUGGAAAUAAUUACCUAAACUUCAGACUGUAUGUAAAUAUGUCUUGCAAAUAUAACAUUGCAUUAACCAUUAACGAAAGGAACCUUACUUGAUUUUUGGGAUUACAGAAAUGUUAAGCACAUCAACUUAAGAUGGUUUUACGUUGUUGUUUUUAAGAAAUUGAGCAGGACUGCACAUUUACUUGGGUUUGGUUUUCACUUUUCCAGAUAUAUAUAUUCACAGCAUUUUAUAGAAGUUAAAAACUCUACCACUUUUGUAAGAAAGUGAGAACUUUAGCCCAUACAUGUAUGAUACAGUGACCUGUGAUCGUAGCAAUAACAGUUACAAAAUGGAUUAACCCCCCAUUUUCAGAUCUGUUUGAUCCGACACUGGUUUCCGUAAUGUUAUGACAUAGUUAAAUAAAUCUUUAUUUUAUUAUAAUGAGAGUGUAUAUUAAUUUCUAAUACUUAGUGUCCUGGAGGCUUGGCAAUAAGUCUCGGAGUGUACAAUGCUAAAAUUGGGGUUUUGAUGCCCACGGUGGGCAGAGCAUAGAUAGCCCUUUGUUCUACUCAUAAUAUUCAAUAUCUUGUGAAGAACAGAAGUGCUAAUCAUAUAAACGUUAUAUUCAAACAAUAUAUUAAUAAAAACAAGAUUUUUGAUUUUACUACUGAUACAAAUGUAAUGUCUCUACAUUUUUUAUGUAAGCCUCAUUUGUAUAAGCCACAAAUCAAAAGGAAGUGAACUCCUCUUUCUACCCCUUCUAAAAUUUCACAAAGAAACUUUGACUUAAAAAUCAGUCUUUGGGAAGUUUUGAGAUAUAAAAAUCCAAGCUGAAGCCUUAAACAGUUAUUGUGUAGUACAGCAUAAAAUGUAUUUUAAGAAUUAUAAAAUGUAUUUUUAAGUUAUGCCAGUUUAUUUAUAACUUGAAUGUAUCAAGGCACACGUAGUACGAGUUGUCUGCACUCUUUAAUGAUAGGCUUAUCAAAUUUUUUGAUGUCGUUA